GUAGCUGUUAAGUUCGUUUAAGCGGUUUUUAACGGCAAAAAAAUAUUACUGUUUUUGAAAAGAAUAAUAUACUUGAGUUGUGGUGGAAGAAAACUGUAAAAAAAAUUUGUGAAAUUAAAUCUAUAAAACGCAUUUUUAAUGCGAAUGUUAUAAAAUAUUACAAAUUUACGACAUUUCUGUUGCAUACUUUCGGGAGUUCGAUUUUUGCGUGUUUUGGGAAUAUCAGCUGUGUGUACAAAAGAAAAGAAAAAGUUUGAUUUACGUCUCGCUCUGCUCUUUGUACAAUCUAUAUUAACCGAGCGUUGAUUGAAAUCAAGUGUGAAAAUAAAAUUUAAAUUAAGCUCACAACAUACAUACACAGUUGUUACUUUGAAAAGUUGAGAAGUUCAAAAGUUCAUAAAGAAAUCAAUUGGAGAUUUUAGUUUAAUAGACGUCACCACAGGUCGGUCGUCAACAAUAACACUAACAAUAACAAUAACAAUAACAAUAACAUAAACGGUGAUAUUUCCUAGGAGCACACUAACAGCGGUGAAUAGUGCCGCACGGGGGAUAAGUAAGGAUUCCGAUUAGUGUGCAAUGGUCUUUGUUGCAUGGGGCAAUCCUUCGGGCCUGCUAAUGUUGCUGGCAUUUACGCUGGCAUUGCUAUUCGUCAUUAAUGUACCCAGCAUUUCGGCUAACAGCGGACGCGUCGCUCCUGCCACGCUUAAUGGAAGGAAUGACGUAUUCACCAGCUCAUUCCUGGUGCGCUUCAAGCGUAGCGUCGACAAUGAUUUCGCUAAGGAAGUAGCCACACGCUACGGCUUCGAUAAUAUUGGACCAUUAGUUGGCGGAAAUGGGAAUGAGUACCACUUUAAACAUCGGACAUUGCCUCAUGGACGCUCAAGGCGGAGUAUAGCCCAUACACGACUUUUGAAGAGCCAUCCAUUGAUCCACACCGCCAUUCAACAGCCGGGCUUCAAACGCGUCAAACGUGGCCUACGCCCAGCGAUACCAGCUAUACACGGUCUGCAAUUCGAUGAUGCAUACGGCACACAACCCGUUGGCCUUGAGCCGACUGAUCCAUAUUUUCCUUUACAAUGGUAUUUGAAAAAUACUGGCCAAAAUGGUGGUAAAAUUCGUUUGGAUUUGAAUGUGCAAGCCGCUUGGGAUCAGGGUAUAACUGGGAAGAAUGUUACGACCGCAAUAAUGGACGAUGGUGUGGACUACAUGCAUCCCGAUCUGAAGUUUAAUUAUAAUGCAGAGGCGAGUUAUGACUUUAGCAGUAAUGAUCCCUUCCCAUACCCGCGCUACACGGAUGAUUGGUUCAAUAGUCACGGUACUCGUUGUGCUGGUGAAGUGGCUGCUGCCAGAGAUAACGGUAUUUGUGGUGUCGGUGUGGCUUAUGAUAGCAAAAUUGCAGGCAUUCGCAUGUUGGACCAGCCGUACAUGACCGAUUUAAUCGAGGCCAAUUCAAUGGGUCACGAACCGCACAAAAUACAUAUUUACAGCGCAUCCUGGGGUCCCACCGACGAUGGCAAAACAGUGGACGGACCACGCAAUGCCACCAUGCGUGCCAUAGUGCAGGGUGUGAAUGAGGGUCGCAAUGGUUUGGGCAAUAUUUACGUGUGGGCAUCAGGCGAUGGCGGAGAGGAGGACGAUUGCAAUUGCGAUGGCUAUGCAGCAUCUAUGUGGACAAUUUCCAUUAACAGCGCCAUUAACGACGGCCAAAAUGCACACUAUGAUGAGAGUUGUAGUUCAACGUUGGCCAGCACAUUUAGUAACGGUGCCAAGGAUCCUAACACUGGAGUGGCUACAACAGAUUUGUAUGGCAAAUGUACCACAACACAUUCCGGCACGAGUGCAGCAGCGCCCGAGGCAGCUGGGGUGUUUGCAUUGGCACUGGAGGCAAAUCCAUCGCUCACUUGGCGUGACAUCCAACAUUUAACUGUAUUGACAUCCAAACGUAACUCACUAUUCGACGCAAAGAAUCGUUUCCACUGGACAAUGAAUGGCGUUGGAUUGGAAUUUAAUCAUCUUUUUGGUUUCGGAGUACUGGACGCAGGUGCAAUGGUAAUAUUGGCCAAACAAUGGCGGUCAGUUCCUGCACGUUAUCAUUGUGAAGCGGGCGAAAUAGUUGAGCCACAACCAAUUUACACAGGGCGAUCAAUAUUCCUGGAAAUUAAAACAGACUCGUGCAAAGGAACCGAUACUGAAGUGAAUUAUUUGGAACAUGUGCAGGCAGUUAUAUCUGCCAAUGCCACAAGGCGUGGUGAUUUAGAAUUGUUCCUUACUUCACCCUUGGGUACAAGAUCAAUGAUAUUAUCGCGGCGCGCCAAUGACGAUGACCACCGUGAUGGCUUCACAAAAUGGCCAUUCAUGACCACUCAUUCAUGGGGCGAAUAUCCACAUGGUACCUGGAAAUUAGAGGCCCGUUUUAAUUCGCCACAAGCACGUUCGGGUUGGCUUCUUGAAUGGUCACUUGUGUUACAUGGCACGAAGGAGGCACCGUAUCGCACAUUAUCACCCGCUUCACCGCAUUCUAAGCUGGCUAUUGUGAAAAAAGCUCACGAAGACCGAAAAAUGAAGUAAAUAUGUCAACUAUCAAAAAAUCAACAACUCCAAGGAGACAAAAACAACUAAACAAACUUCAUACAUACAUAUGUAUGUACGAGUAUGUUUAAUGUGAAAAAACAAUAGCAGAGAACAUAGAAGAAAUGAAAAAUCAAAAGCCGACGCUAAUGCAGGUGGUAAAAACAAGAGUUUCAAUAGAAAAGCAAACGCAUAUUUCAAAUGUGAAAUGUGAAAAACCAAACAAUGAUACAUACAUAUACAACAUAAUACGACAUUGGCGGCAGCAGUAAUCAAGUCAAUAAGUUUUGAUGGUAGUAAUUAAAAAUCGAGUAGCAGAGGUUAUGAAUGUAGAGAUCGAGGAUAGAUUAAUUCAGCUCAGUACUUUUAUAAUAUUUCACUUGAUAAUUUCUCUAGAGAUUCUGCUUAAUUCAUUUUUUAUUUGGUGAAAAACAAAAUUUACUUUUUUUUUUUAAAAACUGCGAAAUUUAUUGAAUUAUUAUCCUUUUUCGAUGCAAAGUAUAUACAUUUAUUUAAUCAAUUUCAAUUUGUGCACAUUUAUGCAAGAACAUUAUAAUUCUGUUAAGUAAAAUAAAAUUCUUGUUAAUGCGAUACGGCACUCAUAACGCACAUACAACCUGAAAAUGAUUAUAUGCAUGUAUUUAUUCACAGUAAAUAGUACAUGUAAAUGUACAUACAUACAAUAUAUACAUAGAUGUAUACAUAUAGCUUUACCAUCAAAAACAUUUUGUUUAAAAUAAAAUUUAAAAAAAAAAAAUGUUAUUAGUUGAUGAGUCUACGAUGUGUAUAUACAUAUAUGUUACACACUGUCAUAGACAUAGUGUAUGUAUAUGAAAUAACAAAUAAUUUGUGCUUUCACAAUUUGAUUUAAAUUUUACUUUAACCCUAUAAGCAUAAAUAGAUGUAUACAUAUAGCAAACAGCAUCCAAAAAUAACCUUACAUAUAUGUAUUUAUGUAUAUCUCUAUACACGUAAUAUGUGUGCUUUAUCAUACAUUUAUGUGUAUAAAAGUGAAAACAUCUUAAUAUAUUAUAUAUUCAAUAUAUAUAUAUAAAUAGAUAAGUAUCAAUAUUACACAGGUAUAAAUGUAGGAAUAAUAAUAUCUAAACCUUCCUAUAAAGUUGUAAUGAUAAAUAUAAAUAAACAAGAUUUUAAUUCUAAUUAUAAUAAAAAUUAUAUAUAUAUAUAUAUAUAUAUACAUUCUUAUAUGUACAUAUAUGCGCAACUAUUUCCACAACUAUUACACCUACAUGCAUACAUAUAUACACAAAAGGAUAAUUUAUAUUUUUUAUCUAUAAAAUAUUGAACUUUUUUCCUUUAAAAAAUGUUUUCAUUUACCUAGUACCAUGUAUUGUUUAAAACAUGAUUUAAAAAGUGAGCUAGUUUCAUUCAAAAAAAAUUAAAAUUAUUUGAAUAUUAACUAU